UUACUUCCGUAGGUGUAGGUUUGAUAAGUUAUGUUACCACAAAGUGAAAAUGAAAAUAGGAUCUCGAGCUUCUUCAAUGAAAUUGGAAGAUGCAGUGCAUCCCCCUAUUAAUUAGAAGCCAUAUCCUACAAAGGGGACAUUCUGUCUUGAUGUUAAGGUGCAUGUCCUCUGGAGGUGUUAGGAAACAGAUUCAGGCUAAGAAUGUCAACUUGAAACUUCUAGAGAAAUAUGGAUACAAGGCAGACAGUGACAGAAACCAAAAUGAAGUUGUUCAGUGGGACACCACAAAACUGGAGUUUUUCAUUGAUAAACUGACACAGGUUCGAAGAAAACUGUACAUCACGCCGUCCCUUCUCCUGUUUGUCAACAAAUUCUAUCACCCUGUCACCAGAACCUGGGACAAAGAGACCCGAGAAAAAAUUUAUCAUUUCUCUCAGACCAGUCACCUUGACCUGUUGAAACAGAAGAUCGAUGAAGUGUAUGGCAAUGAGCCAUUUGUGGAAGAGGUACACCAGUCAUACUCGAAAAAGAAGAUUACAAGAAUGCAAGUGGAUGAUCAUUUAGAGAAACUGGACAUGGUCAAACGUUAUCACUUCCAAGGAAAUGCCACUAUUGCCAAGACUCUUCCAAGGAUCCAAAAGUCAAGACUGAAAGCAAGGCUGGUAAAGAUGGACACUGUGUUAAGAAAUGAAAUUAUUGUGGACACAGGAAAUGAAGUUCGAGAGAAAGGAGACAUAUUUUCUGAAGAUUCCUGUAAGAGAGAUCAAUUUGUGAGGAGUAAUGCAAAGGAUAAACAGCAGCGAAACUCAAUGUGCACGAUACCAAAUAAAGAAAGUGAUGGUAGUUCUAUAGAUAGCUGGGAAGAAAGUGAAAAGCAGGGUAAUUUAAUCAAUGUGGAUCGAAGUAAAAUUCUUAGAAAUAAAGGAUCUAUCGAUUUGACCAAAGAAAAGAAAGACACAGAAUAUCAGGAAUUAGAUAAAGAUGAACAUUGGGUAGAUGAUUUAGUUUUGACUGUGUGUAAAAACCAUCAAUUACAUCGAUAUGCAAAAUGCACAAGAAAGGUUGUUGAAGUUUUGGUCAGGUUUGGAUUUAAUUACCACGAAAUUGCCUUGGCAGAUCCAAAGAUUUUUCGUAUAAAGCAGACUGAUAAACUUGUAGAAGUGUUAUCAGAAAAAUUUGAAACAACAAAUUUGAAAUAUGAUGAAAUCUGUGUAGAGGUAGAAAAACGGGUAAAAUCUCAUGUUUCUAGUGCCCAGAUUGCCAAACUUCUUCAUAUUCACCGCAAACAUGUGGUAGAGCAACGCACUGUGGAUAAAAUGUUAUCCAGAAAUGAGGAAAACCUUUUGAAAAACUUGAAGUUUCUAACAGAUGCCAAGUUCAACCCUUAUGAAAUUCUUGCUUGCCUUGUGAUUUUGAACUUUAGCCAUGAUUCCCUGCAACAAAGCUUUGUUGAUGCAUCGUCAGAAUUUGAUUCAAAUGAUAUUAAAUUUGUUAACUGUCCCGCUGGUAGAGUGAGCUUACUUUAUCAUAUGCAUCUGAAGUUAUCCAAACAGGAAAGUGGGAAUCCCAUUGAUCUUGAUGAGCUUGAUCAAGAUGAUACCAUUACAUCUAGUUUUGAUAGGAUUCCAAACACAGAAAAGGAGGGUGUGAAAUACUCAUUAAUUAAGCGACAACUAGGCUACUGAAGUCUUCACUAGCUGAAAUACAAGUACAACUGUUAUCAAUUAACAUUAUUAUCAAAAUCUCCAUGCGGUUUGUUAUGUGUAUCUUAAUAUGUCGUCUUUGGCACGCCAAAUUCACACAAUUUAGG